AUGCCGGACGAUGAAGAUCAUCUUCCGGCAACUAUUUCCGACGACGAAUCGUGGCACAGUCGCACAUACCUCUCAUCUUUGACGGUUUUCGACAUAGAUUUGGGUUACACAGUCUUUGGCUUUCUAUAUGUAAUAAGAUUUGCAAUUCUAGGUUGUUUUAAGAACCGUUCAAAUGCAAUAGCUUCCCUAGAACCCUUCAACUAUAUACAAAGGAGUAAUGAGAGAACGAUGAAGAAGGAACAUGAUGGUUAUGAACAACAAUUAAGGAAGCUUAGCUCUACUCUUACAUUUUUUGUAAACCCAAAACAAAAGGAACAAAAUCUGAGUAAUAGGCCUUCUGUAAGGGUUGACUACUAUAAUGGGCAGAAAGUAGGGCUUUUGCUCUUUUGUGCGUCUCUGUAUCACCCAGUAGAAGGGAAGACCUAUCACCAUGAGUUUGUGGUGAGAUCAUCUUCAUACACCAGACUCUGUAGCACAAAAGAGAUUUUGACUGUGAAUGGGCAGUACCCAGGGCCAACCUUGAGAGCUCAACAAGGAGACGAAUUGAUUAUAAGGGUCUACAAUAAGGCAAAUUAUAACGUUACCCUCCAUUGGCAUGGAGUGAGGCAAGUGAGGAAUCCAUGGGCCGAUGGGCCUGAGUACAUCACACAAUGCCCAAUCCAACCUGGAAAAGAUUAUACAUAUAGAGUGAGCUUGACUACUGAGGAAGGGACUGUUUGGUGGCAUGCACAUAAUGGAUGGACUAGAGCAACAGUUCAUGGAGCAUUCAUUGUUUAUCCCAAACAAGGAUCAAACUAUCCAUUCCCAAAGCCUCAUGAAGAAGUCCCCAUUGUACUAGGAGAGUGGUGGAAGGAGAAUGCCAUGGAAAUUCCUGGAAAUGCAAAUAAAACAGGAGGAGAACCUAUCCUUUCCGAUGCAUACACCAUCAACGGGCAACCUGGAUACUUCUAUUCUUGCUCCAGAGAAGGUACUUUCAAAUUGAUGGUGAAUCAUGGCAAAACAUACCUUCUUCGAAUUGUAAAUGCGAUUAUGGAUGAAAAUGUGUUCUUUGCCAUUGCAAAGCACAAAAUGACACUAGUAGGAAAAGAUGGAAUCUACAUGAAGCCAUUCAAAACAGAUUUCAUAAUGAUCACACCAGGCCAAUCUAUGGAUCUCUUACUAGAAGCAGACCAAAACCCUAGUCAGUAUUUCAUGGCAGCAAGAGCUUACUCCAGCGCAUUCGGGUCCGGCUUCGAUAACACCACAACAACAGCAAUACUAGAAUACCAUGGCACCAACCAGACUUCACCUACACCAAUCCUUCCACAACUUCCUCCAUAUAACAAAACAGAAGCUUCAACUGAUUUCACUAAGCAAUUCAAAAGCCUCGUAACCAAGAACCAUCCGAUCCAAGUCCCUCGAAAAAUCGACACUCGAUUAUUCUUCACUAUAUCAGUCAAUCUACUUAAUUGUAGCACCAAUAACCCUUGCACAGGUCCAUUCGGUAAAAGGUUUUCUGCUAGUUUAAACAACGUUAGCUUCGUGACACCAUCGAUCGAUAUUCUUCAAGCUUAUUACUAUGGUGUGAAGGGCGUUUUCGAGAACGAUUUUCCAAUCAAUCCUCCUCAUGAAUUCAAUUACACGGGCGAUGAUCUCCCGGAGAACCUGUUGACGCCUGAAUUUGGUACUAAAGUGGUGGUUUUGGAGUAUAAUACCAGUGUGGAGUUGAUAUUGCAAGGGACUAAUGUGUUGGCUAGUGACAACCAUCCUAUACAUUUACAUGGAUAUAGCUUCUAUGUGGUUGGUUGGGGUUUCGGAAAUUUUGACUCAAAGAAGGACCCUAUGAAUUAUAAUCUUGUUGAUCCACCUGAGGAGACUACUGUUGGAGUUCCUAAGAAUGGUUGGGCUGCUGUUAGGUUCAGGGCAGAUAAUCCAGGUGUAUGGUUCAUGCAUUGUCACAUAGAGCGGCACUCGGUGUGGGGGAUGAAUAUGGUGUUCGUAGUGAAAGAUGGUGUUGCUCCUAAUACUCACAUGCUUCCACCUCCUCAUGACUUACCCAAAUGUUAA